AUGUCCUCUGCUCAAGAUUCCGCCACCAAGAUCUGCAUCGACAAAGUCGAUGGUAAAAAAUAUGCGACGUGGAGCCGCUACAUGCGCGGCGUGUUCCUGACCAAGUCGACGUGGUACGUAGUCAUCCGGGAGACCACCCCCGCCUUCGCUGAUCCUCGCGCUAGUGACGAGUAUGUCAAGACGAACUACAUUGAGAUCGGCUUGAUGCUGCCUCAGAUGAGCGCGGAUUACCAUGAUGUGGUUGAUGAGUGUAAAGAAGCGUGGGUUGCGUGGGCACGGUUGAAGACUCUCUACGGCGGAUCUCAGAAGGCGGGACGGACCUUCUUGAAGCGACAGCUGUUCAGCAUGGAGAUGGAGGAAGGCGGCAAUUUCAUGCAUCAUUGCAACAACGUUCUCAACACCAGCGCUAAGUUCAGCAGCAUCGGCGCUAAGAUGGAGGACCAAGACGUGGCAAUCUGUUCGUUGCGCAGUCUCCCCAAGAGCUAUGAGAACGUUGCUCUCAACUUGGAGAUGAGCAGCGCAGAACUGCGGUCGCAAGACGUCGUGAGAGUGCUUACGAAUGAGCACAUCAAGAGACAACGAAACACGACGACAUUGGUGAAGACUGAAGAAGCGACCAAGGCCUUCAGCACGAGCGUGAAUUCCGUCAAUAGGGAAGACAACCGAGGAGAUCGACGCAGCAGCAACAAGGGCCGUGCCAUUGGGCUCGUGGACGCGGAGCGAAUCAAGUCCAAUGGCACGGCUACAGCGGCAACGGCAACAACUAAGACCAUGAUCGAGUGGCGUUUGCUGUUUCGCUGGAAUGCGAGCUUUCGACAGCCAAGACCAUGGUGGGAAUGUGGGCGAUUUACAGCAGCAACGCACCACAUCUUCUAUGAAAAGUCCAAGUUUGAAGUUCUGGACGAGCGCAAUGAAGGUGAUGUGCUGGUUGCAGACGGAAACAAGGCUGCGAUCAAUAGAGUUGGGACUAUCGUCGAAAAGGUGGUCCUACCAAACGGUGAAGAGCGCGAAGUUGAAAUCGAGGAUGCACUUAAUGUCUCAAGCAUGAACAAGAACCUACUGUCGAUACCCCAGAUUAACAAAAGCGGCAAGUUCCAAGUGGUGUUUGAUAAAAGUGAGAUAAAGAGUUUGCACAAAGACUCCAAGCAAGUGGUGGCGAUGGCGGAUAUUAUGAAUGGACCCUACUGGCUUCGCACAUCACAACGAUCUGUGAUUGCUACUUCGCGGCUGAAAUUUGAAGAUAUCCAUGCGCGAAUGGGCCAUGCUUCAGUCGACGUACUUCGCAAGAUGGUGACAAGCAACAUGAUUAAAGACGCUUACAUCCCUUUCAAACCGAAUGGACCAAGUGUGUGUCGAGGAUGUCAGGAAGGGAAGAUGGUUCAAAACCAUUCUCGAGAAACCGUGACAAGCGCACCUUCAAUACCUUCGAGAUGCUCCACUUCGACACCUGAGGACCCAUGGAAGACAAAUCUUUAA